UGUUUAUCCUAUAAACAUGACACGUAGUUCAUUAAAUCCUCAAGUAUUCAUGCUGUAGUAAGCUGGAUCAGUUAUUGAAUAGCUAGUGCCAACAUGAAAGUGGGUGGACCAGGCGCUGUUUGAAAGUAUCCGUGGCCAUGUGACUUGUCGAUUUGGGAGGGUUCGUUCGCUGGCCCACGCACGACCUACACUUUUUUUCCACUUGACGCAUUCGACUUUGGAAGCUUUCGUCUUUUUUCUUACAACGUAUAAAUAGUGCAUGCUUUGAUUUCAAUGCCUGAAGUCAAAUUCAUCAGAGAAGUGUGGGCGGAAAAUUUGGAAGAAGAGAUGAGCCAUCUCCGUGAUCUGGUGGAAGAGUACCCUUACCUUGCCAUGGACACUGAGUUUCCAGGUGUGGUCGCUCGGCCCAUUGGCACGUUCCGGACAUCGUCAGACUACCAUUACCAAACCCUGCGGUGUAAUGUCGACCUUUUGAAGAUCAUUCAGCUGGGCGUUACGUUCGCUGACGAGAACGGCAACCUUCCCGAAAACGCUUGUACCUGGCAGUUCAAUUUUCGAUUCAAUCUAAGCGACGAUAUGUAUGCACAGGAUUCCAUAGACUUGCUUACCAAGUCUGGCAUCGAUUUUCAAAAGCACAAGGACUAUGGUAUUGACGUUGAGCACUUUGGUGAACUUCUGAUCAGUUCUGGCUUUGUCCUUUUGGACGAUGUCAAAUGGAUUUCAUUUCACAGUGGCUAUGACUUUGGAUACCUGCUCAAGAUCCUGACGUGUGCACCUAUGCCUCCAGAUGAAUGCCAAUUCUUUGAACUUUUACGAACCUACUUUCCUUGUAUAUACGACAUCAAAUACCUCAUGAAAAGCUGCAAAAAUCUGAAAGGAGGUUUGCAGGAUAUUGCAGAUGAUUUGCAGGUUUCACGGAUAGGUCCUCAACAUCAGGCUGGAAGUGACAGUCUCCUUACCAGCUCAACCUUCUUUAAAAUGCGACAAAUGUUCUUUGAAGAUUCUAUUGAUGAUCACAAGUACCUUGGAUAUCUCUAUGGUCUGCACAACAGCCCAUCCACCUCUCAGUCAUUACCACACAAUGCAAGCAGCCUGUCGCUCAGCUCUAUGGGAACUGCCGGCAACUCCAUUGACAGCCCAAUAUCAAGGUCUAUGGCUUUUACGAAUGGCAACAAAGGCAACGCUGUCAGCGUGACAUGAAAGGAGCCUUUGUUGAUGUAAA